GAGGAGGCAUAGAUGUAAUUUCAUCGAAGCAAAGCAAAUUCGGUCAAUUCCUGCCUGUGUUCUCGUUUGGUGGGCGACCCCCUCUCUUUAUAAACAACAAAAUCCAGAAUAAACCCAACCUCCCCUUUAAUCUUUUGACAACUUUGUAAACAAUUCCCAUUCUUUUCUUCUUUUCUCUCAUCUAUUUGUUUUAUUAAAUUUGAUCUGAUAUUCUUUUUGUUUAUGUAAUUAAAAUCGACAAGGAUGUUCAACGGAAUGAUGGAUCCUGAGUUGUUAAGAAUCGCUCAGGAACAGAUCAGUCGUAUGUCACCCGAUGAGUUAUCGAAGAUCCAACAACAGAUGAUGUCUAAUCCUGAUUUGAUGAGAAUGGCCUCAGAAAGCAUGAAGAACAUGAGGCCAGAAGACUUGAGACAUGCUGCAGAACAAUUAAAGCACACUCGUCCUGAGGAGAUGGCGGAGAUUGGUGAGAAGAUGGCCAAUGCGUCGCCUGAAGAGAUAGCUGCAUUGCGCCGUGCUGAUGCUCAGAUCAGUUAUGAAUUAAGUGCUGCUGAGAUGUUGAAGAAUCAAGGGAAUGAGCUUCAUAAGCAAGGGAAGUUCAAUAACGCUUCUGAGAAAUAUUUGCUUGCAAAGAAAAACCUGAAAGGACUUCCAUCUGCGAAAGGAAAAACACUUUUAUUGGCAUGCUCUCUUAAUCUCAUGUCAUGUUACUUGAAAACAAGGCAAUAUGAUGUGUGUGUACAAGAAGGCUCUGAGGUUUUGUCUUAUGAUGCAAAGAAUGUUAAAGCUCUUUACCGAAGGGGUCAAGCAUAUAAGGAACUAGGCCAAUUAGAAGAUGCUGUCUUGGACUUGAGAAAAGCACAUGAAGUUUCACCAGAUGAUGAAACAAUCGCUGAUGUCUUGAGGGAUGCUGAGGAAAGAUUGGCUAGAGAAGGUGGUCAUCAAGCACCCCGGGGAGUGGUAAUUGAAGAAAUAACUGAAGAAACUGCUAGCACAUCUUCUGCUCAUCUUCAAAGUUCAUCUACUGAACCUUUGUUGAAACAACCAGGAGAAAGUAGUGGAAUAUCUAAGAGAGAGAGAGUGUACAAUGUUGGGGACUUGAGAACCAAUUCUGAGUGUCUGCAGGUUCUAAAGGAGGAUCCAGAGGCACACAGGUCCUUUCAGAAUUUCAUUUCUAGUGCCGAACCUGACACCCUUGCUGCUAUGGGUGGUGGUAAAGUUGGAGAGGUGUCGCCGGACAUGUUUAAGACUGCUUCAAAUAUGAUCAGCAAGAUGUCGCCUGAAGAGCUACAAAGAAUGGUUCAAUUGGCAUCUUCAUUUCAGGGGGAAAAUCCUUAUACAGGUGGAUUUGGACCUGGCUCCGUUCCUCCAAAUGUGACACCUGACAUGCUUAAAACUGCAACUGAUAUGAUGACCAAGAUGCCUCCAGAAGAGCUUCAGAAAAUGUUUGAAAUGACAUCUUCUUUGAAAGGGAAAAACUCUAUUUCCACAGCAACAGCUGCAAACAAUUACAGGCUAGAUUCAGAUGCUAAAGUUAAAUAUCCCGAAUCUCAGACGGCAUCUGUCACCAAUGUUAAAAGUGGUUUUGGUGAAACCGGGUCUUCCAGUUCUAGUCGUUUUCCAACUUCAGUGAGUGCUGAGUCAAGUUUUCCAACAUCAACUGCUGAUCUACAAGAACAGAUGAGAAACCAAAUGAAAGAUCCAGGAAUGCGGCAGAUGUUUGCAUCAAUGAUGAAAAACAUGAGUCCAGAAAUGAUGGCAAACAUGAGCGAACAAUUUGGAAUGAAGCUUUCUAGAGAAGAUGCUGCAAAAGCUCAACAAGCCAUGUCAUCUUUAUCACCCGAGGACCUUGAUAGAAUGAUGCGCUGGAUGGAUAGGAUCCAGAGAGGAGCCCAGGGUGCGAAGAAAGCAAAGAACUGGUUGCUUGGGAAACCCGGUAUGAUUCUGGCAAUAUGCAUGCUCAUCUUGGCUGUGAUUCUUCACAGGUUGGGCUUCAUUGGUAGUUAGAGACGGGACCAAUCUCCAUUUUGAUUGUAACAGACCCUUGCAAUUCUACUUCUAAUCAAGAUAGUGUUGGAAACUAUCAUGCUUCUUUGGUUGCAAAUAGACUUGGCAAAUUGUGUACCGUCUCGUGUUUAUUCUUUCUCUCGUCUUAAUCUUGUUUAAGAUAUA